GAAAGAGUUGCAAACAUGGCGACCGAGAGCGCCUUUCACGUGUCGAUCAAAACACUUAUCGGCGACUGGCAAGGAUUCCAGAUUGCGAUGGAGAAUGGUAUGGGUGGACCCGAUGCCAAGGCUAAAGAGAAGUGGUUAGUCCAGGCCAUUGAAGAGUACUUCGCCCAAAACGGUGAGAUUGCGAACCUGCACCCCGACGAGGUAGAAUACGUCCUAGCGUCCAUACUAGACACGGAGUUUGACACCAUCAUCGAAGACGGCAGUGUGGCCCAGAUAUCGGCAGUACUAUGCAAGCACUACCAGUUAUGCCAGGAGGGACGCGAGAACGAAGUCCUCCAGUCCCUGACACAGAGGCUACCACGCACACCCACGGUGGCGUUUCCAAUGCAGACGGACUACUCCAGUGAUGACGAGGCAGAAAUGCAAGAACACGUCAACACUCAAGUCAGCUCCCAGCUUGGUAACCUGAGGCUCAAUGGACAAAACGAACCUCCAGCAAAACCUGAACCCGACGAAGACGGGUGGACCACAGUGAGGCACGGACGAAGGACGUAGCCAUGGCCAUUGCUAGCCACGCACCCCUGUACAGCACAAUAAUAAUAACUAAUA